AUGACCAUCACGAAGACGUUCGUGACCCUCGCCGGCGUUGCUUCCGGACUCGCAAUCUUCGCCUCGAUUCUUUCCGUCUUCAUAAUUUUCAACGAAAUUAACGCCUUCUAUGACAACGUCAUCGACACGAUGCAAGAAUUUCGGGUGAGAAAAUUUUGCAACCUCAACCUAAAACAGUUCAAAAAUUAUAUUCCAGUAUCACGAGCAAGAAGCUUGGCGCACAAUGAUCCAAACGACUCGACCUCCUUCCGAUCCUCGAAGCGUUCUCAUCGGAAGGAGCAAAAGACAGACCGAUCAGUGCAACUGUGCUCCAGCAGCAACCAACUGUCCUCCGGGACCAGCAGGGCCUCCGGGGCAGAAAGGAGCUGACGGAGAUGAUGGCAUCCCUGGACGGCCAGGCAACUACGGCGGCCUUGGCUCCUUUGGCGACGGUUCCAGUGGGGGAUCUAACUGCAUUCAAUGUCCAGCCGGACCACCUGGACCCCCAGGAAACAACGGAUUCGCUGGGCCACCCGGACCUGACGGUCAGCCUGGAGAAGAUGCCUACGGCGCAGGCCAAGGUCCACCAGGACCACCUGGACCUGUCGGAGACGUCGGACAGCCUGGAGCACGAGGAGAGCCAGGAAACCCAGGACGUCCUGGCAGAGCUGGACAACGCAGCCGAGGCUUGCCUGGACCUGCUGGAGCCCCAGGAAGAAUGGGACCAGACGGAGCUCCAGGUCUUCCUGGCGAUGAUGGAAGCUUCGGAGCUGUCGGUCCUGCCGGCCCUGAAGGUCCAGCCGGAAGACCAGGUCAGAGGGGACUCGACGGAAAACGCGGAGAGCCAGGAAAUUCUGGAAUUCCUGGAGGCGAUGCCGGUUAGUUUUUUGAUUUUCAAUAGUGUUCUAAUUUAAGAAAUUGUAUUCAAAGUCUUUUUUUCAGCCUACUGUCCUUGUCCGCCUCGCUCUUCUGCCAAAAAGUCGAAAUUUUUCAAUCAUCGACGCGCUUCGAACGUCGUCGCCGCCUGA